GGUUAUUAUAAGUGGUCGCGAAUAAGAAUAUGCGAAAAAGUUAUGUAUACAAAAAUUAACCUAAUAAUUUUCCACAAAUGCAGAUUUUGGAUACGGUAUAUAUGCUUAAAAAAUGAUUGAUUUUUUGAUAGUUCCACUGGUUGAUUUGUUCUUUAUUGGUAAUUGGGGGACUAAAGAUUAGAUAUCUGUGAUAAAGUGUUAUUUUUGGUGAGCGUAUUGAUGUCAAAAGCAUGUUUUUAAUUAAUUGGUUAUGGUGAAUAAGAGAAUUAGAUAUUUCUGUAUAUGUUAAGAUAGAAUUAUUAACCUGCUACCGGAUGUCUUCCAAUCGUCAAAAUCGAGUCUGUGAUAGCUGAGAGCAAAGAAAAGCGCUUUUUUACUGUGAUUUUUAUCUAUUAGUUCUUUAGAUAACAGUUUUAAAAAUUAAAAGGGAAUAAUAAUUUCUGUGUGCAAUUUAAAUUUUGUCGAUUACGGUGAUUUUUCCUAAUGACAAUGACGCACAGUAACACUACGGAAGAGAGAAGCCAAGAAAUGUUGGGCCAAAAGCUUUUAGAAGAUGUGAAAACUGAACAACCCAGCAAAUUUGGAAGGAGUUGUAGUCAGCGUCAUAAACUAUUGUCUAAUCGUUCAGCACCUACAUUAGUACUGCCAGCCAAUCAAAUUUGUGCACCUGCUAAACUUGAUAGGAGAAGAUCCGAUAAUAGCUUACUUGGUUCCUUAAACAGAUUCCGCCUGUCCAUAGGGAGUGGAUCCAAAGACCUCCCUACACACGUAUGGAGCAGAUACAGGCAAAGUAGAUUUAAUGCAAGAAGAAUCAGAAAACGAGUGGUCUUCAAACAUGGAGAUUGUAACGUAGUUCAAGGGAAUGUAGCAAAAAGAAGACGGAGAUAUCUGCAAGAUAUUUUCACAACUCUAGUCGAUGCCCAGUGGAGAUGGACCCUUUUAGUAUUCGCCAUGAAUUUUCUCCUUUCCUGGCUGCUUUUUGCCCUAAUCUGGUGGCUUAUAGUAUUCACACAUGGUGAUUUAAACAUUGAAGAACAAAAUUUUAAUAAUACAGAACCGCCAGCUCCACCCUGUAUAGUAGGUGUGCACGGCUUUACUUCAGCAUUUUUGUUCAGUUUAGAAACUCAGCAUACGAUAGGUUUCGGGACUCGAUCAGCUACGGAGGAGUGUCCAGAAGCUAUAUUCGUAAUGUGCGUACAGGCUAUAGCAGGUGUCAUGAUCCAAGCCUUCAUGGUAGGUGUGGUAUUUGCAAAGCUCUCAAGGCCGAAGAAACGUACACAGACUCUUCUAUUUUCAAGGAAUGCCGUUAUUAGUCACAGAGAUGGCAUACCUUGUCUUAUGUUCAGAGUGGGUGAUAUGAGAAAAAGUCACAUCAUCGAAGCACACGUAAGGGCUCAAAUCAUCAAGCACAAAAUUACAAAAGAAGGAGAACAUUUGCCGUUCUUCCAGACUGAAUUAAAGAUUUUGCAGGUGGGAGGUGAUGGAGAAGAAGAUAAGAUAUUUUUCAUCUGGCCAACAACGAUUGUUCACAAGAUUGACAGCAAAUCGCCACUUUACAAUAUGUCAGCCACAGAUUUGCUGAGAGAACGGUUUGAGAUAGUGGUAAUUUUAGAAGGUGUCAUAGAAUCAACUGGGAUGACAACUCAAGCCAGAUCCAGUUAUCUUCCGUCAGAAAUAUUAUGGGGUCACAGGUUUAAAUCUUUGGUAACUUUCAAGAAGGAUUCUGGUGAAUACGAGGUAGAUUAUGCCGUGUUCAACAACACUAUCGAAGUUGACACUCCACUGUGUAGUGCUCGUCAGCUAGACGAUCACAGAGCUAUGCUAGGUGUCGAUGGAUCAGAUCACGUGCGAUCAAGUCUAUUCCCAUCCUACCGUACCCAUUCAACUGACAGUCUAUCCAGCUUAGACUCGAUGCUCAUGGACGACGGUCACAUCGAAAUGAAGGUCCCCCAGAGGGUCGAGAGCCACGGUGAUUUCAAGUCGCUUCUCUCCAAACAGGAAGGCUCCUCGUUCGUCAGAAUAGAAAGCCAUCCAAACAUGAAGUUCCACGGGAAGAAUGGCUUCAAGAAGGACACGGUCAUCAACAUGGAGGUCCCGACGAAGAGCGACGUUCACUUGAGCAGGAUCGACAGUCACAUGGACAUGAAAACGAUGCCGAACAUCCACGAGGACGAAGCGGAGAGUUGUGCUAGUAGUUGUUUGGAGAUGAAAAUACCAGAGAUUAAUAUAACGAUACCGGAGCCGGAGGAAACAGUUCCCUUGAUGAAUGGGAGUCUAAAGAAUCACAGUAAUACGAUACAAGUUGUUUGACAGUCGUAGAAUGCUUAGUUUAAGACUUGUAAGGAUUAUAGAAACCGAAAAUGUAUUCAACAUAUUUUGGACUGAUUUCUUCUAAUGGACAAUAAGUUACAUUUAAUUUAUUUGUCACUACAUUACUCAGAAUACUUUUAGUAUUUUAAGGGGUGUACAGGGUGGCGUCUCUCAUACGCCGCGGAGGCUCCAAGGAGAACGACAGUUUGUAUUGAUAUGAAAUUUUGUGAGCAUAUGUAGGUUG